UCAUCCCAAGGAGAGCACAGCUCAGCUCAGGAACUUAAACCUUUGCACAAUUGCUUCGCUGAACCCCUAGGUGUUGGCAAACAUGGAGAAAGGGAAGAAGCAGCAGCAGAGGGGGAAGCUGCAGAGGGUGCUGAGGGAGCAGAAGGCCAGGCUCUACAUCAUCCGCCGAUGCGUCGUCAUGCUCCUCUGCUGGAGUGACUGAUCUUAAGGCUGAAGGCGCAAUGCGACUUUCUGAUCUUCUUUUUUCAUCUUUUCCACCUUGCCAUGUUUGUUGGGUGGAUCUCAUGAUAUGAAGGCUCUUUGUUUUCUUGCCUCUUGUGGAAGGCAAGGCUA